CAUGAGUUUCAGCCAUUCAAGCCUUGCUAAGGCUUGAAUCUCUUUCUGACCCCUUUGUUACCUAUCAUCUCUCCCUUGAAAUGGAUCUUUAAUAAAUGAACUUGGCCCCAAUCUCAUCUGCCUUGCUAUGCCUGCAAUAACAAUAGCUCGAGCUCAAACCCCCAUACCCAUAACCCCUGUCACCGCGCUUCCAGCGAGCCGGCAACGGAUCCAUGACCGUUUUGGCCCUACUGACUAUUCACAGUGGAUCUGUGACUCUAUUUCCAGUGACUCGAAAGAUUGUGCAAGUGGAUUGUUAAGCAGAGAAGCAAUCUCGACGAUUCUUUCAGACUUCGCUAUCUGGGUGCCUGUCUUAUUGAGUAUGGAAGCGAAAGAAGGAGACUUGAGAAACAAGAGGCGGGUGUCUGGAACCCUGCUUUUUCCAAUCGAGCGAUGUGAGGCUAAACCCGAUGUCUUCAGCCAGCCAGUGGCAGACAGGGAGUGAUGAGGUGCAGCACAGUGACGCUGCCACAUGGCGACCGAGGACUUGGGGUCCUGAUGAUUGGACAUGUGCCGAAUGGCUUCCGCGAUGGGUUUUUCAUAGUCUAUUCUGAGGCUUGAAUGCCUCUAGCACCCCAUGCUUCUGGUUCCGGUCUUUUAUUACGAUGAUCCAGGCAUUGAUCUAAGUCGUCUAUUAUGCUUCUCGAUACGAAGGGUUGCUAUUGUUCGUACUACACUGCUGACUAGACAGAAGCAGAGAUGCCAAUGCGUCAUGUCUUGGAGAGGGCGGCAUCCCCGUGAUCUGUGGUCAGCUCAAAAACAGCUCAGCAUCCGGCCACCAUCAUUUCUGUUUGUGUCGAGUGUGUAACGAGGCUGAUUGGGGGAUAUGCGGAAGGGGAUCCAUCUGCAUGGAAGACUGAACCCCGGUGAGUCUACGGUCGUAUGUGGCUUACAGAAUACAUGUCGGGCUGUCCGUUUCCAUCGUAGAAGAGGCUAAGCCGUUCUAUUUUCUGCCCAUCAGUGUCACAGGCUGACGUUUUGACUCUGAAACCCUUGGAAUUAAUACGAUUGUUCUUGGAACAAAUCGUAAUGACCUCGAAAAGCUUGAGGACGGGUUAUUCGAGGCUCAUCCAAGGCUGUGCAAAUUUGACCAAGAAAAAACCCUCCACGCAAAUCAUCUACUGCGACCCUCCUUUGGCUGGCGUGGUCGGGACCUUGCAGAUGAAUUGGUCUGGUGGCAGCUGGACAUGAUUGCCGAUCAUCGCAUCCUGGUGGAUCAGGGUCCAGAGUUCUUCAAGUUUUCAAGACAUGAAUGAAGAGAGCACAGUAAUUUGCAAAUGCAUAGAUUAUGCAGGGCUCGUGAACAUGGCUCGUGAAGUGGCCUGAAACCUACAAGAAUUUGAAUAUGAUUUGCAUGACAGAGAGCGGCAUGAGCAUAGACUUUUGGAAAUUGGUUUCCGAAUAUUAUUAUGGGAGAUUUCAGUCGUCUUGAUUGAACCUAAAUAUACCUAUUGACAGGCAAAAUAAAGUAUUUGCCCGCUCAUGUCACCUCUCUGCGGCCGUUCGGGUCAAACUCGACUACCCGGUAGCUAAACCCAGAAGCUAUAUAUAUGCCCAAGCACCAAACUGUCGUCAACCAAUAUAUCUCUACAUGAUGAAGCCUUUGACACUUUCUCAAAACUUCAUAUUGAUCUCGUCCCAGUCUUCGGAACCGCUGCUAACCGGAGAUGGGCAUCAUAAGAAGGGAACACCCGCUCCUCCGCUCCGCAAUGCGGGGAAGAAGCAUUUUGAAGAGCGGAAAGCAGGAUUUAUUAGCCACAGCCACCGAAGAAGCCGGACUCUAUAGCCGAACCACCACCAUCAAGAGACAGACGAACGAAGGAACAAAUGGAAAAAGAACGCACUCCCACACCAUAAGUCUCCGACAUAAUCCGGUUGCGGAUGACACUACAUGAUCGAACACAGUACAUAUGCACAUCUCCGUCAAGAAGAACACCUCAACAACACCAAAUGCCCCGCCCCCGCAACACUGGUGGUUUUUAUCAACUCCACCACGCCGAUAAUUCUCCUCUUGUGUUAGAAGACUAUUGAUUCUCGAGACAGAAUAAGCGCGUCUUUGGUUUUUCUCUUCCGAACGACCUACAGAGUGUUUGUCGAGCAAUCAUCAUCUCAGAUGCUGUCUGCAGUGGGUUGAGCUUGUUGUGAAGCUCUACCACUCAGACCUGUCUCCUACGCUCGGUAGAUUUAUUUAAGCUUUCCCUUAAUCAUAACGGUAGAAUUCUUUUUAAUGAAUUUUGACUUUCAACGGUUAGUUAUUAGCGAGCCCCUCUAAUCUUUCAACAUGGACUCGACUUUUCCUGUAACGAGUGUGUACCGAUCUGAGCUGAUAAGACACUUGUUCGUUACACAUGAAUCUAGAUGCCCGCCAACCUAAGCAGCAACAUCUCUACGUUGCAAUUAUUUCGAGUCCACGAAUAUUAUUACUGGUAUUACAGUACAGUCCCGUCACAGCUUGAGAACGUGUGCCUAGCUGUGUCUGACCAGGAUCAGUCCGUCGGGGGGACUAAGCGGAAGACCCUUGUUCAACAUGGGGGUGCCGCUGUUGUGCUGUGCAACAAGGAUUCGUCUUCUUUUCGGUCCAAGAGAAGAGUUGAAAAAGGUCAUGUACCCUUUGGUGACGCGCCUCAUUCGAGGUCCAUUUGCACAAUAGUGGGAGUAGCUCGGCGAAGCAUGAUCGCUGACAUCACAGUCUGUGGUAUCUAGCUGUAUUUGCAUAUCUCGCACCUCUGAUGGACCAUUACAACACGUACAACUGUCAGUGGCUUGCUAUCACGCUUGGCGAUGUAAAUUUGGUGAUUGAAAG